AUGGAGAGAACCCCAGUGAUUCCUCGCGUCGGUCUCGGCGCCCAGGGACUGGAGGUGUCUAAGCUGGGGCUGGGGUGCAUGGGCCUGACGGGCUCGUACAACUCCCCGCUCGACGACGACGCCGGCGCCGCCGUCAUCGCGCACGCCUUCCGCCGCGGCGUCACCUUCUUCGACACCUCCGACUUCUACGGGCCCCACGCCAACGAGGUACUCCUCGGCAAGGCGCUGAAGCAGCUGCCGAGGGAGCAGGUGCAGGUGGCCACCAAGUUCGGGAUCCAGCUGCAGGCCGGGGGCACCAGCUUGUGCGGCCGGCCGGAGUAUGUGCGCGAAGCCUGCGAGGCCAGCCUGCACCGCCUCGGCGUCGACUACAUCGACCUCUACUACCAGCACCGGAUCGACACCACCACCCCCAUCGAGGACACGAUAGGUGAGCUCAAGAAGCUGGUGGAGGAGGGGAAGGUCAGGUACAUUGGGCUGUCGGAGGCGAGCCCCGACACCAUCAGGCGUGCUCAUGCCGUGCACCCGAUCUCCGCGGUGCAGAUGGAGUGGUUGCUGUGGGCUCGCGACAUCGAGCCCGACAUUGUGCCGCUCUGCAGAGAACUGGGGAUUGGAAUUGUUCCUUACAGCCCGAUCGGCCGCGGGUUCUUCGGCGGAAGAGGAGUCACGGAACAAGUCUCUGAUGAAUCCAAUAUGAAAGGGCACCCACGGUUUUCAGCAGAAAAUCUGGAGAAGAACAAGCAUCUUUAUCUGAAGAUGGAGGAACUGGCUAGGAAGCACCAGUGCAGUCCUGCUCAGCUAGCUUUAACUUGGGUUCUGCAUCAAGGGGGUGAUGUGGUUCCCAUACCAGGGACAACCAAGAUCAAGAAUCUGGACUCCAACAUUGACUCCUUAAAGAUAAAGCUCACAGAAGAUGACCUGAAAGAAAUUAGCAGCCAGAUACGUGAAGAAGAUGUGGCCGGUGGAAGGAGUUAUACUUCCUUUGCCCAUGCCAACUGGAACCAUGCAGACGCACCAAAGAAGUAG